AUGGCUGGCAAACGAAGAGCAACCACUGAGCUUCAGCAGGGUCAAGAUGAUGAACAGGAGGAACGGGAAGAUCCUGGAAUUUUUCAGCGAGCUUCUGAAGAUUCACUUAAGAAGAGAGUGAUUAAAACUGCUAGGAGGAGGAAUCCUAUUUCCUCAGUGAAUGAUAGUGAAGAUUCUACUAAUAAAAGUGCCUUCACUGGUUUGAAUAUGUUUGGCAAGGCGCCACCAACAUCUAAUGCCUUUUCAUUCCUGUCAAAUUUGAACACAUCAAAUUCACAACCAAAAACAAAUGGAAUAUACAAACUGGACAACAUAAAAGGCACUGACAAUGUUUCAUUUGGAAAUAACUCAAUGGUCAAUAGUUCGAAAUCCAUUGAAAAGAAGUUGCCUAAUGAUUAUUAUUCUAAGUUGAAGGGGCUCAAUGAGAGUGUAGCAAAAUGGAUUAAAGAGCAUGUAGAUGACAAUCCUCUCAUUAACCUCAAGCCUAUAUUCACCGAUUAUGAACAAUAUUUCAAUGAAUUAGAAUCUGAAAAACAUGAUGUAUCAGGUAAUAAAGUUGAAGAAGGUAGAGCACCUUCCUCAAUGGUUGGAUUCAAGUUCAAGUCAUCAGAAAAUAUUCCUGACAGCACCACUGAAAAGGCCAAUGCAUCCAAAGUGAUCCCAAAAUUCAGUUUUAACUCUGUGACAGUAUCUAAAGCAGUGGAACCUCCUACUACUACUAGUACUAUAUCAAGCAUCCCACAGAACACUCCACUUUUUCCUUUUGGAAGUUCAACUACAACAACCUCAACAACAUCUAGAUCAUUUUCUUUCGGUGCAAAGAACACAAUCAGUACAGUAAACGCCUCGUCAGGUCCUGCAAUUAGUUCAAUGACAUUCGGCUCCACGAACCCUGUAACUACAUCUGCGGACGCUAAAAGUACAUUUUCGAUCGGCUCAACAACCACCUCCGAUUCUGUUCCGAAGACAACGUCCACGUUUUCCUUUGGUGCCAGCAACGUUCCUAGUUUCUCAAGUUCCUCGCCAUUUACCUUUGCGAAUGUGUCAAAACCAGCCAGCGAAGCACCCAAAAAUGACGCGGAGGAUGAUUACGAACCUCCGAAAAACGAGUUUACUCCCGUCACGGAGGCUGAUCAUAUCUACACCGUGCGGUGCAAAGUUUUCGUGAAAAAAGACGAGAAAUUCGGGGACAGAGGGGUGGGGAAUUUGUAUUUGAAACCAAUCGAGGACAGAGAACAGGUUCAGCUCAUAGUGAGGGCUGACACCAGUAUAGGGAAUUUGUUGUGUAAUUUUAUUUUGUCGAAAAGUAUUCCUACCAAGCGGAUAGGUAAUAAGGAUGUUAUGCUCGUUUGUUUGCCGACGCCGGAUUUUAAUCCGCCUCCGGUUCCUGUGUUGUUGAGGGUGAAGUCCGGAGAAGAAGCUGAUCAGUUGUUGGAAGUGCUAGACAAGCAUAAGAAAUAA